CGAAUGAGAUAGACAACAACAACAAGUGAAUGAUCGCUGGAAACGAGUAGACUUUGAGUAAAGUCAGCGAUGGGAAUGUCAGAAAAAGAAUGUAUAUCCCAAGUGGACAGUAAUAUAGAAGACAGUCUUUGUGGAAGGAAGUCACAGAUUCAGCUACUGUUGUCUCUCCUUGGAACGGAAGGAUUACCUGCCUGUCCAUCUCUCUUUAUUUAUGGAAAUGCCUCAAGUGGAAAAACUUUGGUUGUGAAGACCUUGCUGACACAUUUACAGGUUCCUUGUGUCUUCAUCAAUUGUGUGGAAUUGUUUAACAGCCGACUGAUAUAUGACAAGAUAUUGACAACCUUAUGUCCUGCAGGAAUUGAAAGGCCUUCCAAAUGUGAUAAUAUGAAUGACUUCGUGAGAAGUUUCAAAAAACUUCUGAACAAUAAAAGCUUGUCUGAGCAAACAGUUUAUUUGGUGUUUGAUAAAGCUGAACGUCUCAGAGAUAUGGACAUCAAUAUUCUGCCGGCCUUGUUCAGAUUUCAGGAGCUGACGAGUGAGAAGGUCUGUACGAUAUUAAUCACAGAGAUUGUGUGGGAGAAAUUUCAGUCUGGGAGAGGGUUCUGGAAACCAUUUAUUAUCCACUUUCCAGAUUAUUCAAAAGAUGAUCUGACAGAGAUCUUGUGUAUGGAUUGUCCAGCUGAAUAUGAAGUGCAGUUUUACUUCUCUUAUAUCCAGCUCGUCCUUAGCAUUUUCUACCAGGCUUGUCGAGACCUGAGAGAGCUAAGACAUCUGGCAAUUCUGAAUUUUUCUCGAUACAUUGAACCUAUUAAAAACGGAGAAGCUACAUGUGAUGACACUAUUAAACUGUGGAAGAACAUAGAGCCUCACCUGAAGAAAGCAUUACAGACCGUUUACCUGAGGGAGGUAUCCAGUGCCCAGUGGGAGAAACUCCAGCAGGAUGAAUCAGAAGCACCCAUUCAGAGUUUAUCUGCCAGGACCCACAUAGAGCUGCCAUUCUUCACCAAGUACCUGCUGAUUGCAGCCUAUCUUGCCUCAUAUAACCCAGCCAAAUCUGACAGGCGCUUUUUCUGCAAUAGAACUGGCAAACUUACAAGAAGGGAGAAGCUAGUGAAGAAACAUGAAAGGACAACAAAUCACCUGUUGGGCCCCAAAACGUUUCCACUAGAUCGUCUGUUAGCCAUUUUUUACUCGGUGGUCGAAGGCAAAGUUGCACCCUCUGCAAACAUAUUCAUGCAGAUUUCCUCAUUAGUGUCCUUGCACUUACUGGCACAGGUUGGUGGAGAUGACCAGGUAGAUGCUCCAAAGUACAGGUGUUUGGUGUCCUUAGAUUUUAUUACAUCUGUCUGCAGGACUGUCGGAUUUGACGUCAAGAGAUACCUGUAUGACUUCUUAUGAUUGAAGUCAAUACACCUGUACACUUUAUAUUAACGUGCAGGUAACAUGUCUGUCUGUCUGAUCUGUCCAUGUUAUGGAUGAAUUGGGCAUGAUACCAAGUACUGAAGACUACAAACUCUUGAAAAACAGUGUGAUCUCUCGCCCCCUCCCCCCCCCCCCCCCCCCCCCACACACACAAAAUUCAUGCAUAUAUAAUUGUACAGAAACAAUUGAAUUGAAUAAACUUUGCUUUUGUAUAAUGGGAUGGUGCCAAUUUGUGCAUAUGUAAAUAAAUGUCAAGACUAUAAUGGGCCAUUUCUUUGCUGGAACAAGCAUUGUGCUAGAAACUAGAAACCAUAAGACAUUAGUAUAUAAGGUAUAGCUGACACAGAUCUUUUUGAUCCUCUGAAUCUCGUUCUCCAGAUUAAAAAUUCUUCAUUGCAACAGUAUUAUUGUUGAAAGUUUAUUCAUUUCCAUAUCUGUGCAAUAGUUAUGGCUGUCCUAU